AUCAGCAAAGCUGCGCCACAAUCGUCGUCCAGUACCAGCAACGCCGCGGGGUCAUCUUCAGCCCGUGCGCAUACUACACUCAUACUUCUAUCAGCCACUACCACCACCGAUAAUAUGCGUGGAACCUUUUCUCUUGUAAUUCAUGUCGCCUUAUGAUUUUUGUCGGUCUUGGAAGUCGACUGCAAUCCGUCCCGUCCGACCUUACCGGUUGACCAGUCCGUCCGACAGACACCUCCGGACAGAGUGGAUGAUGUAUGUAGUCCAGUCCCGUCCAUGGGUCCAGACGGACUGGACUGGAAUAUGGUUCCCAACACAGUGGGCCUCCGCGAUCGCCGAUGCUUGGAGGAAAUAUUCUCGCCUUGGUGGUAACGCAUUUGCCGUGGUCGAUUCCGGACGAAUCCUCAUCGUAUGCGGAGAUAAGAGCACCGCAACAAUGCGCAUCCCCAUUCCGACACGAGCAUCAAAGCGACGACAUGGACAAAAAUUGGACAACAUUCGCUAUCCAGUCCUCCUUACGCGAGGUAUCGACAAGCGAGGCCAGACCAUGAAGUACCCGCCAAAAUCUCCCGAUGCUUGCUCCACAAGCGCAGAAGUGACCGGAAUACAGCCACUGCUCUCCAUCGUCCGGUCCGACCGUCCUGGGGCUCGGACGAGGACGGAUGGCGGGCCUCCCGUCCGAGGCUGGGACGUGACUGCCAAGGUUUUUUCAGCAAACGGACAGGACGGACGGCCCAGGACGGCCGUCGACGGCCGUCCGCCAAGGCUUGGUAUUCACGUGACUUGGACGGUCGUCCUCCACCGUUGGACGAGGACCGACCCGUCCGUCCGAGGCUCGGGCCCGCCGGACAAAUUUUGCAACCGUCCAUCCCAGGCUCGGGCCGUCUGGCAUUUUGACCCUCUGGACUGGGCGAUGGAGAACACUGAAUACAGCUCUCCCCAUCCGGUUCCAAAUACCGGUACGCCCGACAUCCGCCGCGAUAAUCGCGUCAGCCUCGAGGUUGUCGCACUUGCCACAGUUGAACCCGACUGA